CAUUUAUUUCUUCUUAUUUACCGGCAUUUUUUGAAGAAAUAUACGUUUUUAAUACCCUUAAAUAAGUACAAAGAGCUUUUCACAAGUAUUCCACUCUUUUUUUUGUCUCUAAGUAUACUUAAAGAUAUUUUAUCAUGAUUAUCAAGUCAGGAAAGUGAAAAUAUCUAUGGUAUUUCUGUAAGGGAUGAAACUUUAGGGUACACCACCCCUUGUAGGGAACAAAACAAUGUUCAAGAAAUUACUACAGCGCUGCUUUUUUAUUGUUACUAUUCUAUGUUAUUGCAAGACUGAAGGUGGAAUUCUGGUGAAGAGGAGUACAGAUAAUUCGGUACAUGGAUAUUUAACAGAGAGGACUUGUUGGUGGAACGAGGUAUGCAAAGAAGAGUUCCAGAGCCUGUUCCGUUGUAAGUGUCCAGAGUGGAACUUCUGUAGGUCUCCGGGAAGGUACUACAAUGCUGUCUGCUCCAUGACGAAUACUGGGUAUAUCUGGACACAGCCUGGACUAAGACAAUCCUAGAGUAUUUCUUCGAAAUUAUACUAAAUUUUCAUAUACUUAAUUACCAAUAAGUAUAUUGAUUUCUUAAUCAAGAUGGUUGAGGUGUUUUACCUGUCAUUUGUAAUAAUAUUUUUCGUAAAACAUGUCUUUUUUUAUUAAUAUCAUGUGAGAAAUGUUGUAAGAAA